GAAUACAACAGCGUUGUCAAGUUCUUAUUUGAACGUUCUUCAUCGUGCCUGUCAGACACUGUUGAGGGCACAACUCCACGACGUGUUUUUACAGUGUGAGAGGCGAUGUAAGCAUGGCCGCAGAAAGCGAAAAGAAACAAGUGCUUGAAAUGAUCCAGGCUGAUGGAGCGGAUGAAGGCUGUGUGACGUUUGUGCUGCAUGAUGAGGAUCACACUCUGGGCAACUCCCUCAGAUACAUGAUCAUGAAGAAUGUGGAGGUGGACUUCUGUGGCUACACCAUCACCCACCCAUCUGAGAGCAAGAUUAACUUUCGUAUUCAGACCCGAGGGGGGGUCGCAGCCACAGAGCCUCUGAGGAGGGGACUGAAUGAACUGACAGACGUUUGCCAACACGUUCUCAACACCUUUCAGGUCAGAGUUAAUGAGUUCAAGGAACAGCAGGAGCAGCAGGAACAGCCCAUGGAUUAAUUAGAAUGUGGAGCGACUUGAUAAAAAAGUUCCUCUAACCUGGACUGGGUCAGGUUCUGGUGAAUCUUUGUACAGUUUUCUUUUGUAUUUUGUUGGACUGUUGAUUCACGUUGUGAUCUUUUUGUGUUCUGUACAUUAUUUUCUAAGAUGUUAUAUUUAGGGAAACAAUUUUCAAAUAAAAAAAACAAAGUUGAAAAACUG